UCCCCAGGGACAGCAGAGACACAAGUGUCUACGACAAGAGCCAGUAAGAGAGCACCAGAAAGACAGCAUCUCGUCUGAACAUGACUUCCAAGCUGGCUGUGGCUCUCUUGGCCGUCUUCCUGCUUUCUGCAGCUCUGUGUGAAGCUGCGGUUGUAUCAAGAAUUACUGCAGAGCUUCGGUGCCAGUGCAUCAACACGCACUCCAAACCUUUCAAUCCCAAACUGAUCAAAGAAAUGAGAGUGAUUGAGAGUGGGCCACACUGCGAAAACUCAGAAAUCAUUGUAAAGCUCGUCAACGGAGCUGAGGUCUGCCUGAACCCCCAUGCAAAGUGGGUGCAGAUUAUUGUGCAGGCGUUUUUGAAGAGAGCUGAGGGGCAAAAUCCAUGAAGGAAAAAAAAGCACCAAACAACGCGUUCUCCAUGGUUUCCAAGAAUUCCUCAGUAAAGAUGCCAAUGAAACUUCAAGCAAAUCUACUUCAGUUCUUCAUAUUCUAUGUGGAUCUGGUGUAGGGUUGUCAGAUAAAAUACAGGAUGCCCAGUUAGAUUUGAAUUUCAGUAAAAUAAUGAAUAGCUUUUUCAUUGUCCCACGCAGUAUCUAGGACACAUUUAUAUUUAAAAAAAAAAAGAAUUAUUCAUGUUUACAGUAAAUUCAAAUUUAGCUGGAAAUCCUGUAUUUUGCUGUUGUUGCUAAAUCUUGCAACCCUAGUCUGCUGCCCAGGAUCCAUGAGUCCCCCCUCAACUAAGCCUUGGUUUCUUCUUUAAUCCUAAACUGGAGAAAAGCAUCAGCCACUAUCCUCCCUCACAGAGAGCUGAGGACUGGUGGAAGCACUUUAACUUAUUUUCAUGAUCAUGUAAAUUAUUUUCCAGUGUAACUUAUUCACCUAUUUAUUAUUUAUAUAUUUAUUUAGCCAUCAAAUAUAGUAAUUAUUUUUGCAUGAAUUUGGAAAAGUGGGAAAGGAAGCACAGUUGAUAGGAUAAUGUAAUGAUGUUAGAGUGAAUUUAUAUUUAUUUUAAAUAUUAAAUUAUGUUAUAUUACAGAAAUUUUGAUUUGCAAAAUUUAAAAAAAAAAAACACAGGACCCCUAGUUAAUUUUGAUUUCAGAUAAACAGUGAACAUUUUUUUAAUAUGAGUACAUCAUGAUUUAUCUGAAAUCUUAAGUGAACUGGCCAUCCUGCUCUUGAGACUCCUGGUGUUGUCGGGUCUCUGCCAGCCCUGUUCCGCAGUGCUGUGCUGGAUCACCAGACUCCUGAGUUAAGACUGUCUUUUCUCAAAACUGCAAAAAUUCACCAGGCAAUAUUAACAAAGUAAUUUCUUGCUGGUUAAAACUUAUUUAUGAUGUCCAAAUAGAUUCUCAUAAUUUAAAAAGAAAUAUUGUGGUUUUUAAUUCUGACUUUUUUCUUUUCACUUUAAGAUGGUUUAUGUGUUCCCAAAGAGAUUAUCUUCUACUGUUUUUGAUAGCAUGAAAAUAUAAAUGUAACAUUAAAACUUUCAAAAUAAAAUUUAUUGUCAAAGUCA